AUGUCGCGGCUGGACGGCAACACCGACCUGGACGGCGUCGCCAGGCGCCUCAGCUUCUCCUCCGCCUCCCCGGGGCAGCUCCCGCCCCGGUCGCCACGGAGGCAGCCGGCCCUCCCGCCGAUCGCCGAGGACCCAGGGGAGCAGCAGGCAUCGGCGGGGGCGACGACGCCCUCGUCCACGCCUCGCGCGACGACGCGCGGGAGGUUCACGGUCUACACGGAGGCGCCGCCGUCCGCACCGCACACGCAGGCGCCCCCCGCGCCUCCCGCGGCGUCGGCGUCGACGUCGACGUCGCCGCUCGAGACGCAGCAGGCGGUCGCGGCCGCGCUGGGGCACUUGGAGCAGCAACGCCAGGCCGGGCUGCAGCAGGCGUCGGUGGCGGCGCAGCAGCAGCAGGCGUUUGUGGCCGCGUACGAGGGAUGGGAGCGGAGGCGUCAGGCGGGGCUGCAGCAGCAGCAGUCGUGGGUGAUGGCGCAGCCGUGGGCGGUCGCGCAGCCGCAGCUGCAGCAGGCGGGGGUGGGGGCGUGGGCGCAAUUGGGGCAGGGUUGUUCACCGUGGUCGCAUCAGGCGUGGGCGCAGCCGCAGCCGGAGCAGCAGCAGGCGAGGCUGUACACGGCGGAAGGGGGCCCGGCGGGGUACAGGACCAAGUGGGAGGAGCUCCAUCCGGUGUCGCAGCACCUUCUCCUGCAAAUCGAGGACAAGAUAAGGGAUGAGAGGCAUGCGUGUGAGCAGGUGGAACAAUGCAGGCGCCUCAGUGACCCGUCAGUCUCCAAAAACUGUUUUGAACUGGAUGCUCGUCAGAUUACCCAGGAGAUUGGGUUAAUCUCCGCCAUCAUGGACAGGGAGAAGGCUCUCAUUCAGAGCUUAAUGGCUGAUGUCAGAGAAAUAAUGUCGCAUGUGGAUUUUGCUAUAUGUGCAUAUGCAAAAGUGAGACGAAGUUUAGUCAGCGGAGGUGCUGGACUCGCAUAUUCUGCUGGAUCUUUUGACGGUGAAUCUUCAUGCGCUCCUACUGAUUUCAGCCGGCACUCGACAAUGGCCCGAACCUUUCGUAACUGCUAUGAUUCUGUAUAUCGGCCUUCUCUCUUUAUGCAACACAUUGUUGAAAGAUUUGAGAAGCAGCUUGAAGAAUGUUGCAAAUUGAUUGGAGAGCUAGAGCAGCUUGUUCAAACGAAGAAUGAUAAAACCCAUCCAGCUACUUUGGGAUCUCUGCCAAAAGUUAUAUCAAAUGUUCAUGACUAUUUUAUCUAUGUUGCUUCUAAGGUGGAAAAUCUUCAUCAACAUGCGGAAACAAUAAGAACUCAAUAUCUUAAUGAUCUGCGAAACAGUGGUAACUGGAAUGAUCCAUUUGCAGAAGCAGAUAGAAAAGAGGCAGCGAAACAAGAAGCUGCUGCCAGAAUAGUCCAUCCAACAUUGCCUGUAACUAAUGACGACACCCGAAGCAGGCACCAGAUGUGUAAUUGAAUCAGCUUCAAAUGAGUCCUUUGUCAUGUCGCUCGUGGGCGGCAAAUGGAUGGAUGGUGUGCGUAAUCGGUGACCUCGACUGCGACUGGAUGGGGAAGGAAGCUGCGGAGAAGCAACCAGUUGGGAACGGUGGGUCAACUUUAGAUUGCUUGGCUUUUAGGAGGAGGAGACGGUGGCACUUGCUGUAUUCUAGUGCGAAUAUGCGUGCUUCAGGUCGUUGUCCCCGAUUCAGAUGUGGCACCAUUCAGUCCGGUCGUACAGGUUUCCCGGCUAGUGGCCGCUGCCACAUGACAGGAGGCACCCCGGUUCGCCACGUUCUUUGGUUCCCAGCCUGGGAUUCUCUGUUUUUUCUUUUUUGGGGGG